AAAUAUCUGUUUUUAAUAAUAUAUAUAUUUAAUAGUUGUGACUUCAUUUUAUCUCAUAUACACAAUAUGUUAUCAAUGAACAAUUAUUUCUAUCCUAUCGGUGAUCCUCGAGCUCCCCUUUAUUCACCGUCAGUGCUCUACUCUUCGGCCCCGACAACUUCAGUCAAUUCUGGCGCUCUCAGCCCCAUCUCUCCCUGUUCUUCCAUGAACCGAAUAGUUCGUACUCAUAGUUCUGAUUGUCAUUCACAGUCGCCACCUCAGAAACCACCCUACUCCUACAUCGCUCUCAUAGCAAUGGCUAUACGGAGUGCUCCGGAACAGAAGAUAAGUCUUAAUGAUAUCUACAGAUUUAUUAUGGACAGAUUUCCUUAUUACCAUGACAACAAGCAAGGAUGGCAAAACAGUAUCCGACACAACUUGAGUCUCAACGAAUGUUUCGUCAAAAUACCGCGAGAAAAAGGCAAACCUGGAAAGGGAAACUACUGGACCCUUGACCCUGCCUACGAGGAAAUGUUUGAGAAUGGAAACUUCCGAAGAAGGAAGCGAAGAAUAAAAAAUCCAUAUAAACAUAAUAUCGGUUGUUCAAAAAAAGAGGGAACUUUAGUUAACGACGUGAAAAUCUUUAAUUCGCAGAGUAAAAUACUGAAAGACCAACCAUGCGAGGAAGUUCAGAAAUUAGAGCCAAUCGGAGAGAGGAAGUCCGUUCAAAAAGAUGCAGACAUUGUGAUGUUAGGCGAUAAAUUAGGUAAAGAGGGUUUAGACAAAGAAUCUCGCGACGUUCCUCUAGAUAAGCUUGAUAACAAUGAUUAUAAUGCAACUAAAACAAGCGAGCCUAAAUCCAAUGAGAUUCUUAAUAAAAAUCUCGAUUUCACCGAAAAAACAAAGAAAAGCUCUUUCACCAUUGACAGCAUUAUGGGUAAAGAAACUUUCAACCCAGAAAAAACAACAGAAGAAGAUUGUACCCAAUCUGGUUCUCUUACUCACAUCUCUGAAAACUUUCCGAUAAAUAUUGGUGACUCUUCAUUGACUAAGUUCAGCUUUAAGGAACCAGUUUUCCAAACAAUCCCUUCUAGACCAGCUCUUGAGUCAAGCUCGAAAUAUCUUUCACAUAGAUCUUCACUCUCAUGUCAACAAGUUGAUUAUUCCACAAUUCCUUUAUUUUCGUCCUUCCAAAAAAAUCUCAGUAGUCCAGCCCUACGAGAACUUCUAUUGUACCCAUUUACAAAAGAAACCGCAUUUCCUCUAACCUGGGGAUUUUCGAUCCCCAGAAAUGUUAAGAAACUCCCUUCGCUCCCUUUACCGAUACGGUGUCCAACCUUUCCUUCUACAGCGUCAACUUCCUAUAGGUGCAACGGUGGAUCAGAUCGACAAACUGCGUUAGCAACGGAAGAGAUACUGUUCAGAUGUUUCUAAGUCAGGAUCAUCCGUCAGACUAGCUAAAUCAGAACGAUACUUCGGAAUUACCUAGAACGACUGCUCAACAUGUGACUGUUCAUUCUCUUUCCACAUUGAUGAGACACCUAUCUCUAGAUUUGACCUGUUUAAAUAGAAGAGAACACUGUCCUCGACCACCUGAACGGGGUCAACAAUGUCUCUGAAGGCAACAUUGGAAGGAGACAUAGAAACAAACGUAUGUGUUGUUCAUAACAACAAAUCAAUAGAAAAAUAAUAAGUAAGACUUCUAACGUUUAGUCAUAAUACUUAAAUAAAAAAUACACGUUAAUUAUUUAGUUACUGCCAAUAAUCACCUAAGUCUAUUCAGACACGAACGAAUAUGAUGAAAUUCUACGGCUUAUUUUGAUGUUAAUAAAUAUUCCUACUCUGUGGCUAAAGACUAUAUAUAUAAUUUCAUUUUUUGAAAAUUUCGUAUCACUAGAAUGAGAUUAUGUUUUUGUAGCUUUUUGGCUAUGAGUUAGAUUCAUUUAUAUGGUUCAACUUUAUUACAUUAGUACCAAAACUCACCUUUAGAAAAUAUAUUUCGAUAGACAUAUACAAACGUAUGCAUUCGUUUAAUAAUGCGAAAUAAAGUCCACUGGUACACAUUCAGAUUGUAUUUGUUUUCGUGGCUGAUUUCUGUAUUUUGCCAUCUGAAAUGCAAAUUCACCAUAUUCUCCUUUUUUUUUAAACCAGAAUUUCCUUUGUGUGAGUUAAUUCAUCUAGGGCUCAGAACGUAGUUUUCAUGGAAACCCACUUGAUAGUAAAAAAGUUAAAUUUCACUAAAACCAUUAGAAAGCUUAUAAGUAAAAUUCAGACAUCUAUCGUGCAUGCUCUCCAGUCACUCAGCGGUAAACCUGAAGACUUACAACACAAAAACUAGGCUUCGAUAACCGUAAUGGGCACAGCACAGAUGAUCUAUUAUGUAGCUUCGUGAUUAAUAACAAACAAAAUAUUGUGAAUGACUACUAUCAUUGAUGCUUAAAGUCACAUGCUAGGCACUAUUUUCCUUGUCAGCCUCCACUCAGCCUCCACCUACCUAAACUUUGGUUCUGUAUGACAACUUAUUUUUGUAUUGAUAACACGGAUGUUGACUUAAAUUAAUCAAAAUGAC